AUGUCUGCAAAUUUAACUGUGCAUCAUGGUGCAGAAGUAGUGCCAAUCCCAGGACAAAAUGGGAUACCCUUCACAGAAAACGGCCUACAACAUGACAUCAUACUGGUGAAGCUUCCUAACCUCACUGCUCAGUUAAAUCUAACAACAAUACCUCUUCCUGACUGUGCUAAUCGAUUUCUAGCUAUGUUUCGAAGCUGUGUCGGGAGGCCUGCUGGCACGUCCAAGCCAUGCACAGGAGAUCCAGUUCAGAUUGCAGGCCAUGGUGCAACUUGGGCAUUUCUAGAUGUCAUAAGAAUGCCUGCUGAGCAACCACAAUUACAAUGUGCAAACGUAAGUGUUGUGGAUUGCGUCGCUAGCAAUCUUCAGCCCCCCGGCCAGAUACCAUUUCGGAAUCAGCACUAUUUCUGUGGACAAGCUCCUGGAGUGGAUGCUUGUGAUGGUGACUCUGGUGGAGGAGUGGUGUAUAAGGGCCAGAUUUACGGUGUCAUUUCCGGCAGUGGUCGCUGGGCUCAUCUGUGUCCAAUUCGGUUCAUGGAUGUCUGCCAUGCUGAUUACAGGCGGUGGAUCAAACAGACGACUGGCCUGUAA